CAAGCGUUUGUUUACAGUUUUCCUCUGCAAAUCCCAAGCGGCAUUCCUCCCUCUCUCGCGCUACAAGUUUUUUUUUUCGGCAAUUUUCGCGACGUCCGCGCACGUAAAGAUUUUGUUUUUCUUUUUCUGCGUUUCUCCAAAGUUAAUUACCCGCGAGCCGAGUGACCCCCUCCCGCUAGCGAAGAAAUCCUUGAAAUUUCGCCAGAAUGAAAUCAUCAACCGUGGCAGCAACAGCGUAGGAAAGCCGGGUCCGGGAGUGAAGUUCGUUUGUUCGGGGGGUGAGUUUGAGUUGUUUGGACGAUGAUGAACGGCGGCGGGAAUCCGGCGGUGACGCUGUUCAGCGAUCCGGGCCAGGUCCAGGUGGCCAACACGAGUGGGCUGCAGCGCGCCGAAGAGGAGGAAGCGCUGGAGGACCAGAAGCGACGCCAGCAGGAACUGGCCGAUGAGGUGUACCACGCGUUCGACGACCUCAUCGAGGACGACCACGGCAACGAGGACACGCUCAACUCGCUCAGCUACGCGUCCAAUUACUCGGACCAGCAGCAGCAUCAGCACCCGCCUCCGCCGCCGGGUGUUCCGUCCUACUCGCCGUCCACGGGUCACAGAUUCCUCGACGGCAUCGCCACCAAAAAUGGCCCUUCCCCAGGACUCAUGGCCGGUUCCGGUGACGGCGGUCACCAUCCCGCCCACCAGCAACACGCGGAGGUCCGCCACUGGAAGCAGCUGCUGGAGUCGAAAACGCGCGAAUUUGAGCACGUGACGCGCCAACUGCACGACAAGACGCGCGAGUACGACCAGAAGGUGAACGAUCUGAAGAAGCGGCUGAUGCUGGCCGAGGGCGACCGGGACCGGGCCGAAAUGACGCGGAGUCAGACGCACACGCUGCUGGUGGAGAGCAAGACCAAGAUUGCCGAGCAGGACGAUCGGAUCGGGGAGUUGAAGGGGAAGAUUCGGGGGUUAGAGGAGGUGAAUUUGAAGCAGGAAGCGGACUUGGUGAACAAGAAUACGAUGCUGCAGGAUGCGCUGCAAAAGUGUCACAUGUUGGAGGUGAACGCCGGUCAGAAGGCGACUCGACAUACGGAUAACCUGCUGAAGCAAGCGGAGGAGAAGUACAGCGCGAAGGUGACGAUGAUGCAGCAGCAGAUUGAUAAGUUACGGGGGGAGUGCGAAGAUCGUCAGCACGAGGUUCGUCGGUUCGAGGUUCGCUGCGAGGAGUUGCAAUCGCUGCGGGAGCAGCUGCUGGCGGAGCGGAACGAAACCGUCCAGCGAUUGCAGGACAACUUGGAGGAGUCGCAGCACAAGUGCGAGUCGCUGCUGGCGAAGACGAUGAACCUGACCGGGUUCAGCCAGGACAACAUGCGCCUCCAGACGAAGGUGAACGCGCUGGAGCAGCAAACGCACGACAUGCAGCGCACGAUCAACACGUUGACGCAGCGGCUGGAGACGUCCAACGCCGAGCUGGAGCUGAUGGACAGCAUGCUGUGCGCGGGCGAGGACGCGACCCAGAAACUGGAUCCGACCUGCACGUUCGCCGCGUCCCGCAAAAACCUCGUCGGAAGCACCCCAAUCAACCCGAAUCUGAAAAACACCGAAGAUCGGGUGACGAAGCUGAAGCACGAACUCCUCAUCUGCAUGAACGGCCAGAAGGAAAAGCGCGAAACCAUCAAACGACUCGAAACGGACCUAGCCGCUCGUGACCGCGAGAUUCAACAGCUGAAAAAGGACGAAAGUGACGCACUGGUGCAGAUGAACCAGUACAAGGAAGAAGCAUUCCGACUCGGCUCUAAGCUGAAGAUCCUCGAAGGCGAGCUUGACAAGUGCUACAAAAAAGACCAAAACAACUCCAAACAGCCCCGCCGCUCCAGCUUCGACAAACAGGACGCCCUCGAAGAGAAGAUCUUCGCCCUCCAACAGGAAAAACUCGCCCUAGAAGACAAGCUAACCAAGCUCGACCAAGACCACACCCGGUUACAGGACAAGUGCAAACGGCUCGAAUCCGACUCCAAAUCCGCCGACACCGUCAAACUCGAGCUUGAAAAGCAAAAGUUCCUCCUGAAGGACGCCCAAAGCGAGUGCGAUCGCGUAAAGCAGCUCUACAUUGAAAUCUCCAGCUGCAAGGACGCCGUCGCCCGGGAACUGUCCGUCCUCAAGUCCCAAGAUCCGGCCCACGAGAUGGCGUCCCUCAGCGAGAAGGUGGCCUCGCUGGAACGCGCCCUGCAGCUUGCGGAGCUCAAGUGUUCCGAGUUUGGCAAGCUGCUGGAGCGGGAAAAGUGCGAGCACGAACGGCUGCUGCGGGAGCUUCACGAGAGGCAGCGGGAAAAUGCGAACCGGAGUGAUGGUGCGGACAAGGAGCGGAAACAGGCGGCCAACAGCAGCUGUAAAAGGUGCAUCGAUAGUUUGGCGGAGAUUUCGAAGCUCGAAAUCCAAAACCUCCAGCUGCAGAACACGUGCGCGUCGCACCUGCGCGAAAUGAGCGAACUGAAGAGCGCCCUCAGCGAAUCCCGCACCACCAUCAACGAUCUGCACCAGAAGCUGGACCUAAAGGCCGAGCGCGACCAGCUGAUUGACGAUCUCAAGGAGAAGGCCGCCCAGUUUGAGGAGUUUAUGCGCAACCAGAACACAUCCGGCAGUACUAGUAGCAGUGGGAACAGCUCGACGACCACCAAGGACAGCGCCACUUCUCCGCAGCCGAAACGAUCUCUGCGGGAUCAGAGCGUGUCCACGUCCCCGGAACUGCAGGACGUCGAAAGCCGGAAGGUGGCACGCGAGCAGGAGCACAAGAUCCGCGAGGAGAUGGCCCGGGCGUUUGCCGCCGAGAUGAAGAUCAUCGAGGAGAAGUUCAAGGGGCAGUUCUUCAAGUUUGAGGACAACAUUUCCGGGCUGAAGAAGGAGCUGCACGAGCGGAGCAAUGAGUUGCAGGUGCGCAACAAGGAGGUCGAGGUGCUCAAGUUUGCCAUCGUGAACGAGCGGGAAAAGAUUACGGAGAUUCUGACGAAGAAGAACGACGAGGCGCGGGCGCUGUUUGACAAGCAGGCCGAGGUGAUGAAGAAGUACCGCGUGGAGCUGGACAACGCCAACCACAAGGUGCAGUUCCUGGAGGGGCAGCUGGAGGAAAAGCGCGAGCUGAUCCAGGCCGAGCGGGACUCGAUGGAGAAGCUGAUCCAGCAGGUCACGGAGGAGCGCAAGCUGUUUCACGAGCGCGAGCUGGAGGUGAUUGAAAAGUUCAAGGAGAUCGAGCAGGAGUACAAUAAAAGCCUCGAGAUGGUGACGGAAAAGUACAACUCGGUCAAGAAGACGGCACUCAACUAUAAGAAAUACGCCGAGGACAAGGAGCAGCACAUGAUGAAGGAGUACGACCGCAUCAAGGAGGGCUACAACGCGGCCCUGCUCAAGGUGCAGAACCGCGCGAAGGAGGCGCUCGAAAGCAAGGAGCGCAGCAUGCAGGAACGGAUGUCCAAACUCGAGUCGGAGCUGUACCAGGCGCGGAUCAAGGGCGGUGUCUAGUUCGCUGAAUUGUAUUAGUUGAUUACGUGUAAUUAAAAUCGAAUAACGACUAGUGGUAAUGGAAAGGACUGUAAUUGCAUGCAAGUUGAACUCUCAUUCAAUCUGACUAAAAUCCCGUAAAGAUCCAGCAAAAAAAAGGCGCUUUCAAUGUACUUAUAUUUGUGUGCACAUACCGUAGAUACGGUGUAGUGAUUGUAUUGUAUAGAAUUUUAGAGCGCAAGAAGGAAGUAAGCAAAUGUUUUAACUGUUGACUAUUGAAAAAUAAACUGCCUUAAUACUCUGCCAUAUCUGUUAGGGGACGAAUCCAACUGUCAUCAUCGUUUCUCCGUCGAAGGAGUCAGUAGGGUAGAACUACAAAAAAGAGGUGUCAAUCAUUUUACCACUUUUAAGUAUUAUAAUUGUCAAUGGAAUAGCUUCUAGCUCGACUCAGCUCGAAUAAAAACAAUAAACUUUGGUGUUAGUUGAAA